AUAAACUAAGUAAAAACGUUUUUAUAAGUAUUAUGAACAUGUUCUAAAUCUAGAACUUUGACAUAGGGGUUUGUUAUUUGAGUCAUAAAAUUCCUUUACUGCACAUACUGUUCAAGAUAUCACAAAAGUCACAACAUUCCAAUCGUAGAAAUAGACAAUCUAUUCUCACUCACUCGCGGCACUGCCAAAUGCCAAAGUUUCUCCUACGUGAUAAAGUGAACUCAAUUACAGAGAUUGGUAUCGGGACUGCGAUUUCGCGAGUGUUUUAUCUAGUUGUUUUAAAAGAAACUUUCAGAGAACUAAAUAUGCCUAAGUAUUAUAAAGUGGAAAUCAACAAGACGGAAUGGAUUGUGCCAGAGCGAUACCAAAUGCUUACACCCGUAGGAUCCGGCGCUUACGGUCAAGUUUGCUCUGCAAUAGACACCCUACACAACAUGAAGGUAGCCAUCAAAAAGUUAGCAAGGCCCUUCCAAUCGGCCGUGCAUGCCAAGAGGACCUACAGAGAACUGCGCAUGUUGAAGCACAUGAACCAUGAAAAUGUCAUAGGGUUGUUGGAUGUAUUCAGCCCCGAGAAGACCCUGGAAGAGUUUCAGCAGGUGUACCUAGUGACGCACCUCAUGGGCGCCGACCUCAACAACAUCGUGCGCACGCAGAAGCUGUCGGACGACCACGUGCAGUUCCUGGUCUACCAGAUCCUGCGCGGGCUCAAGUACAUCCACUCCGCGGGCAUCAUACACAGGGACCUGAAACCCUCAAACAUUGCCGUCAACGAAGACUGCGAGCUGAAAAUCCUGGAUUUCGGCCUCGCCAGACCCACUGAAACAGAAAUGACGGGUUAUGUUGCCACAAGAUGGUACCGCGCGCCGGAGAUCAUGCUGAACUGGAUGCACUACAACCAGACGGUGGACAUCUGGUCCGUGGGCUGCAUCAUGGCCGAACUGCUCACCGGCAGGACCCUGUUCCCCGGCUCUGACCAUAUUGACCACCUCACGAGGAUAAUGUUCUUGUGCGGGAAACCCGACCAAGAGACCUUUGAGAAAAUUAUUAGUGAAGAGGCCCGCAACUACAUCCAAUCAUUACCUACACUCGUGCGCCGAGAUUUCCGCGAGGUGUUCCGAGGGGCCAACCCGCUCGCCAUCAACUUACUCGAGCUCAUGCUCGAAUUGGACGCUGACAAACGUAUCACGGCAGAGCAGGCGCUGGCGCACAAGUACCUCGAGCAGUACGCGGACCCGAGCGACGAGCCCGUGUCGGCGCCCUACGACCAGAGCUUCGAGGACAUGGACCUGCCCGUCGACAAGUGGAAAGACCUGGUGUGGAAGGAGGUGGUGGAGUUCAAGCCGCACCCGCAGCACAUGAACACCGUGGUGGAGGUUAACCCUGAAUAGUGUUCCCCCUUCCUGUUGUAGCCCCCCCCCCCCCCCCCCCUGUAGGAGUGACAUCGAGACGGUACGCCACUAAUACAGCUUAGUUACAAAAUUAUCUCAUCUUAAUGUUGUCCCGGGAAUCCCGAAUGCACCCUAAAGGAGCCCGGGGUCCGAUUUAGCAACCUAAUCGUAAUUAUUGGCGCAGACGCUAGUUUUAGUAACUUUAGGUAUUUUAAUAAAAGUAAACAAACAAUUUGUGCAUUUUCGGGUAGUUAUAACAUUUAUUAGUUAACCAACCAAAUACAAACCCGCUUGAAUCUGUCACUGAACGACCUGACUUUAACCUACAUUAUUUGAUCAUGUAAUGUUUUCAUCUACCCUCAACUGGCUUAAGAAGCCAUUUGAGGGUAGAUUAUGUGUACUUUUAUUUAAAUACCUAAAGAUACAGAGUAUAGACCUGAGUUAAAGUUUCCUCAAUCUCGUCUCGUAAAAUCAGAGAACAGAAAAAAAAUGGAAUACAAUAUGGCGUCCGAAUAAAAAAUGAUAUCGACGUGAAAAGGACGGUUGGAAUAGUAUUGCAAGUAGGUUGUCCGAGGGCUGCGGCCUCGAUGCCACUGAUCCGAUUGUUCGUGUUUUAAUGUACGGGGACUGUUUCUAUACUGACUACAGUUUACAUGAUACAUAACUUAUAUACUGAAGACUAAAAUACUUAAUCAAAAAUGCGAACAUUGGUCCAGUCUCUAACCGACUGAGCUACCGAGGCUUGUUCGACCAAAGGGGAUUUUUUCUUCCUUCUCUCUGUACUUUGCUGUAUUGAUAUCAUAGAGAAAUAAGAAGUAAUAGAGUGCUCACUCCAUACAUCAGUUUUGGUACCAAAAUGCUUAUUAUAUACGCAGUCGACAUCUAGCAUCGAGUAGCGGGACUCUCAGUACUGCUACUCGACAAUAGAUAUCGCGGCAAACAAAGAGUCUAAUGUUCAAUGAUUUUCAACUAAUAUUAUAACCAGAGUAACCGGAACUCUAUUUUCAACUCCUACGCUUACUCUGGUUAUAAUAUUAGCGGAAAAUCUUUGUUUGCCACCACUGUUUGGUAACAAAACUGAUGUAUGGAGUGAGCACUCUUUUACUUCUUAUUUCUGUAUGAUUGAUAUGUAAAGAUUCUAAACGCAGUUUGCAUUAAGUUAAGAGAGAAAAAUAGUUUUUCGAUUCUAGCGAAAUAACCGUAGUUUUUCUAUGAAAAUUCAUUUCUGGAGAAAACGUUUUCAACUGACUAAAUCUUAAAUCACUUUGAUUUUGGUGUCGAUCGCUUCAGCAUAAUAUAUUCUAGGUUUAUUAUAGGUUUAGCUCUAAAAAAAAUUGUAUUGCAAAUUUUGAAAAAAAAAAAAGAAAAACCUAUAAACCUAGUUUUUCAUUGUGUCAAUAACAUAUAAAAAAUCAUGGAGAAUGGAAUAUAUUUAAAAGUGGAAAAACUCUUAAGGUAUAUUACAGAGAGGGUCGCAGGUUCGAACCCCGCUCGAGGCGGUCAAUGUUUGGAUAAAAACACAACAUUAACUGACAUGUCAUUUUAGUCUUUAGAUUUAGAUAAGAAAACAGACGUUGAUAUGUAUAAAUGAAUGUUAAACGUUUAGAAACAGUCCCUGCAAAUAAUAAGACGGGUUGUCUUUAUGUAUAUUGUAUAUAGAUAUAGGCAUUAUUAUUAAUAAUGAAUUUUAGAACUAGGUCGAGUAUAUUUUAAUGCACUUUAAGUGUGCGAGGGAGAGAUUCCGUUCAUAUCUCUUUGGAAGACAGGGAUGGAAAUAGUUCGACGAAAUAUUGCUACAGGGAAAAUAUUUUGAUUCGUUUUGGUUUUUUGGUGAAUUAAUAUUUAUUAAAGUUUGAUGGUUGCUAUCCUUUCUGAAGUAAUAUGAACGGACUUAUUUUAUAUAAGAUAGAUAAUUCGGAUAUACAGCUAACCAUUACGUUGCUCAAACGGAUAUUAAACUCAGAUGCAAUAGUAUGUUGCAUAUCGAAGCGCGCAAAAAUAUAUAGUACACGCUGUAACUACAAAUUAUCUUAAUGGCUCACCCGGGGAGCCCGGGGUCCGCUUGACUAUCUAUCCCAAGUAUUGGCGCAGACACUAGCUUUACGGAUGUAUUAUACUUCCAGCCUGAAGGGAAAACUAGCUAAUAUUGGGAUUAGUUCGGUUUCCUCAUGUGUCUGGUAAAAUCUCUGAUGAUAUCGUUCAGAGAAGCUCAUUAGAAACUUCGGUGUGAAAGUCGUAUAUGAAUGUAGGUAUAAAUAAAGCUUUGCGUGCUUCCUUGUGCAAGAUAUUAUUGCAUACAUUAUAGAGUAAAUCGUCAAUUACUGGCCACUCUUCAAUAACUGGUCAACCUUGAAUAACUAGCCAUGUUAUGCUAAAAUGAAUUCUGUUUAUACGUGAAUAGAAUUCAUUUUCAGUAUAAGGUGGCCAGGCUCACUGCACUUCAUGUUGGCAUAACUCGGAAGUCGCCUCACCCGUACAUCUUACAUAUCGUCGUUCGUUUCGUAGCUGGCCCCGAACGGCUAAUCCUUUGUCUAUUGUAAGUAAUACCGCACGUACUUCUUACCUCCAUAAAAAAAAGUUUCGUUCGCUUUAACCAGUUUUUGAAAUACGACUGACUACCGGAUUUGACUGACUUGACUGACUGGUUCUUGAAAUACAUAGGAAUUGCAACAAGAUUGAAAUGUAACUAAUGGAAAAAUAUUUUGCGUGGCUGUGGGUGGUCCCUCUCCGGUUACUGAGUGCCGGAGAGCUGAUAGCUACAGAACUAGUCUAAAAUGUGUCAUCGAGAUGCAUAACAAAAGCGCGUUAUCGGAGACCGCACUUACACAAAUUUAUUGAGCGUGCGACUAGCCCGCGCUCAGGUGCCAACAAGAAUUAUUUUUUGCAGGUAGUAGCACGUGCGGUUUUACUUACAAUAGGCAAAGGAUUAGCCGUCCAGGGCCAGCUACAAAACGAACGACUUACUAAUACCAAACCAUUGAACACAAUUGCUGCGUAGGAAGGUCCUUUUCAAUAAAGGUCCGCUAGGACGUAUACUUACAUUGCAUACCUACUUACAGUUAUUGCUCAGUCUUAUAGUCUUAUUUUUCUAACAUUUUAUACCUAGUAAUACACUUAUUCGGGUCCACUGUCAACACAACGUACAGAUUAAACAGACGACAAUUUCACCGAAAAUACAUGGGGGUGUUAGAGUCAGACCAAGAUAAGUUGGCAGCAAUUUUACCAGCCCAGCCUGUGCAAGUCAUAAUUUCAUAGAAGUUUGACCUUCAACAUAACACUUGCACUGUCUGGCCUACGAAAACCACUGCCAACUUAUCUUGGUCUGACUACCGACUUUUAAGGUCCUCUAUCAUUAACUUUCGAUCGAUUCGUAGUGUAACCUUCUGUAUAGUAGUAUAGUUAAGUGAACUAUACUCACAAUAUUUGCACAACACGUACACUAUUUGUAGAGUACAUUCAGGAUCAGCCAAUAUAUUGCAACACACCUGGUCGCCAUGCGAAUACUUGUCACUUGAUGGUGACUACUUAAAAUAGUAAGGAUAACAGUAAUCUAUCAUAUAACUUAGAUUAACGUUUAUAUGCUUUACUAGCGCGUAAGAGUCUCCUCACACCUAUCGACGGCGACGAGUUAUCGGCAAACGCCGAUAGAUUUUUUUUUAUGUCUGUGCAAAAAGAGCGAAAAAGUUGUCGUCCGACUCGGCUUGGCUCGGUCGACGCCUUACUCUGCGUUUUCACUUAAGUGUUCUGAGCAAACAUUUUGUUUUGAUCAAUUGUUCUUCCUAUUUACCUACUAUUGGAGCAAGUGGUUCCAUUAACCGAACGAACGAAAGGUUACUCGCUCAGAACAUGAAGCCAACCGACCUGAUUAGAUUGACGACCGGUCUGGACUAGUUGACCCUGCCUAUGAAGCCGAUGGUCCUGGAUUCGAAUCCCGGUAAGUGCAUUUGUGUAAUGAGCACAAAUAUUUGUUCCCGAGUCCAUGGGUCUUUUCUAUGUAUUUAAGUAUUUGUAUAUAUAUAUAUAUCGUUGUCUGAGUACCCAUAACACAAGCCUUCUUGAGCUUACUGUAGGUCUUAGUCAAUCUGUGUAUUGUGUAAUAAUGCCCUAUAAUAUUUAUUUAUUUAUUAAGUAAAAACGCGGCUUUACGACGCGGCGAAGUUAUUUUCUUUCUUAACGCGUAGCCAAAGCUUAUUUCUAUCGGCUAUUGACGUUAUCGCGUCGAUAUGUGUGGGGAGACCCUAGUACAGUCAGCAUCAAAAGUAGCGGAUAAAACAAGGUUUCAAAAGUAUCUACCAUUCUGAACCAGCUUAACAAAAUGUGGUGGUUCUAUAUGUAGAACAUUUAAGUCGGUAAAAGAUAACUUUUGAAUGUAAAUUAUAGAGAUUUAUCUAUAUUUGGAAAAGUUAUCCGCAAUAUCAGAUAGUUUUGGCGCGUUGUUUCAUCCGCUACUAUUGAUGCUGACUGUACGACAGGGUCUCUUGCCUUAUAAGUGUUAUGAGCAACGCAAUACUUAAGUUAGUGUAGGUAGUGCUUCACGCGGUUAUCACACAUCGAUUCGGGCCCGCCAGCCGCUCCGGUGUGCGAGGGAGACCACUAUGCGGGUAUGUGCCGUCCUGCUCGCACGCCGGACCGACGUGCGGCGUAUCUAAUGUGAUGAUCGCCUAGGCUGUGUCAACCGUCCAGAGGUCAAUAAGCCAUGUCGUCCCACUUUACAUUUUAACCUUUUGAACGCCACGCGUAAUCGUGAACCUUGUCGGUACGCAUGAAGGUUGAUAUUGGGCUGUAGCCGCGCGCGUCAUAUGACAUCGUUGGCGGUCAAAAGGUUAAUUAUUUUCAACGUUUUACUAUUUUUUAUUUUUAUUUAUUUAUUUAAAUAUGAAACAAACGGUCAUACAAAAAAUAUUUUUUUUUUUUUUCAUUUAGAACACAAACAGUCACAUAUACAAAUGGAUUUGAAGUACAAUGUAGAGUACUUAACAUACUUAAGAAUCAUAGACCUGGAGGUUCAUUAUUAAGUACAUAAUGUUAACAUACAUACCAACAGCAUAAAGAAAAUGAAAUAAUUAUUACACUUUCUUCUCUUAAUCUAGACCUAUAGUUUCCAUGUUUGUUAAACAUAUACUAUGAGAAGCCAAUUAUACUAAGUUGGCACUGCAUAUUAUUAUAAAAUUCAGCUGGUUUUUAUUUAUUUACACAAAAGGGACGAUUGGGGCUGGACACCAGUUGUUUCUUGUGUGCUUAUUUAUGCUUUAUAAUUAUAUUGAAGUUUGAAAGUGACUAAGUUAACUUGAAUCGGCGUUCGAGGAAAAAUUUGCAGCAUUUCUCAUUUUGAUUCAACGAAAUAUUUUAUUUUGGGAUUGUGUAAUUAAUAGAAAAGGCCUUAAUAUGUCUAAGCUUUAAAUUUUGCUAUCAAAAUAUUUUUAAAGGCACCACGCCAACACGAAAUUGAGUCCUAAGUAAAUGUGUUUUAGGUUGAUAUUACACUACGCACGCUUACAGUACACUCUUAAAUAAUUUCCUCGAGAGCGAGCCACUAAAGAACAGACGCUAACUACGAAGAAUUUCGUACAUUGCGGGGUAAUGCGCGCGCAUGCGCAUAAUUAUAUUGCUGUCUCGCCGUGAUGCCAGCGGUGAAUGCCUCUGUGCAAUUCCAUGACCAAUCGCUUCCCGAAUAGUGGUUAACGGCAAUGUAUGAUGACCCUCGUGGACGUCAGCUGCCGCUCCGUUGGUGGGCUGAGGAAUGGCAGCUACCGAAACACGUAAAAAAACUUGUCGUCGCCCCCCUUUUGAUACUUUGUCAGAUUAUAGUUUAGAUGCUAUUAUGAAUUUAAAAAAUCGUCAGCCGGUGACCAGCUGACGGUCUUUCCACCGCGAUACAAAUGGCUGACGGUUUUUUAAAUUUUAAAUUGCAUCUAAACUAUCAUCUGCCACAAUAUCAAUCGGGAGGCGAUGACUGACGAUAUUGCCCGAGGUCUGUGCGAUAGAGACGGGAACCAGGCGGGUGAAUGUACGAAAUUCUUCGUUCUUAUUGUCCUUACUUCAGAUGCUGUGUUGUCCUGCCUUGCAAGUAUUAUAAGAGCCUUAGGUUAGUGACGGGAAGUGAUACAAUUUUAAUGUCGCCAUAAUUUUGAUGAUAAUCACGUUUCGUUUAACCUUUCGAACGCCACGCCUAUCGUACGCGGCGCUUAAUCGUGAACCUUGUCGGUACGCAUGAAGGUUGAUAUUGGGCUGUAGCCGCGCGCGUCAUAUGACGUAUUUGGCGUUCAAAAGGUUAACCUUUUGAACGCUACAAUAAGCCGUUAUCAAUGUAAAGAGGAUCCUGAAUCUAUGGCUAAACAUAGAUUCAGGAUUAUGAAGACGCGCAAAGUGGAACGAACGUUAACAUUUGACAAUACAAUGACCAGAACGCGUACAGCGCCAUCUAGUUAACUGUUAAAAAGGCCUACGAUAUAUUUUUCCAUUUUGUGCCUACUUCUCUAUUGUCUUCAUAUCUAGUUUUGCGUAUAACGCUGUAAACUAUGCCCACUUUAGGCGUUGAAAAGGUUAAGUGAUGCAAAAAUGCCGUAAUAUUAUUAACGACUUAAUUUUAAUGAUAGUUGUUGAUUUGUAAGAGUUUAAUGAAGUGAAUACAAAUAUACCUCAUA